ACGCGAGGCAUUGCCCGUUCAUUCUGAGUCAUUCGGUCGGUUUGUGUACACGUCGUCGGUAACUCUUGCGUCGGUUGCGAUCGUAACGCUUGCAAAGUGAUCAAGUUAUUAAAACAUUUGUUUCUUUUUUGAAUAAAACAAAUUUUUAUAAUUAAUUUUCUUUGUGGAUAAAAAUGUCACACAACAAUCACGUUACCAACGGCACGGGAAGAUGUAAGAUGGCGACGAUCGACAAGCUGUUCACGGCGGUGCAGCCAAAGAGCGACGACACCGGCAACAAGGUGACGGUGGUCGGCGUCGGCCAGGUCGGCAUGGCUGCCGUCUUCUCCAUGCUCACGCAGGGCGUGACCAACAAUGUGGCGCUCGUGGACGUGAUGGAAGACAAGCUGAAGGGGGAGAUGAUGGACCUGCAGCACGGCUCCGCCUUCAUGAGGAACGCCAAGAUCCAGGCCAGCAAGGAUUAUUCGAUAUCGGCGGGCUCUAAGAUCUGCAUCGUGACGGCGGGCGUGCGGCAGCGCGAGGGCGAGACCCGCCUCGACCUGGUGCAGCGCAACACCGACGUGCUCAAGCACAUCAUUCCUCCGCUAGUGAAGUACAGCCCGGACGCGAUCUUCCUGAUCGCCAGCAACCCCGUGGACAUCCUGACGUACGUGACGUGGAAGCUGAGCGGACUGCCCAAGCACCGCGUCAUCGGCUCCGGCACCAACCUGGACUCGGCGCGCUUCCGCUACCUACUGUCCGAGAAGCUCGGCGUCGCCACCACCUCCUGCCACGGCUACAUCAUCGGCGAGCACGGCGACUCUAGCGUGCCAGUUUGGUCCGGCGUGAACAUCGCCGGCGUGCGGCUCAGCGACUUGAACCCGAAGAUCGGCACGGAGGCCGACCCCGAGCGCUGGAAGGACACGCACGGCGCGGUGGUGAAGAGCGCCUACGAGGUCAUCAAGCUCAAGGGCUACACGUCCUGGGCCAUCGGCCUGUCGCUCUCGCAGCUCGCGCGCGCCAUCCUCACCAAUGCUAUGAGCAUCCAUGCAGUAUCUACUUACAUCAAGGGCGAGCACGGCGUGGAGGACGAUGUGUUCCUGUCGCUGCCGUGCGUGCUGGGCAGCGCCGGCGUGUGCGACGUGAUCCGCCAGCCGCUCACCGACGAGGAGGCACGCGAGCUGCGCAGCUCCGCCGCGCUCAUGGCCAAGGUGCAGGCUGGCAUCAACUUCUAAACGACAAUCCACUAUACUACACACAUUUUAUAAAACUUUUAUCUUAAGGCUCAUUCAGACGACGCGCGGAUUCGCAUGCGGACUGUUAAAACAGCAUAGGUACAAGUCGGCACACGAGUCAGAUACCGCAAUCUCAUGCGAGUUCUUGCGCCGUUAUAUGAGCCCUUAUUCAGGGCUCGAAACCGGUACUAAAAAAAACGAAGUAGCCAAGUAUUUUGAAUCAUUUUAUGCUAAGUAUUUGCGUAGAACUGAAUCAGGUAUUCACAAUGUAUUAUCAUGUUCUCCCAUGAACAAUUUAAUAAUAACAAUAAAAUGAAAAUAAAGUAAGGUACCGGUAUAUUUGUAUGUAGCAAGUACCGGUUCACGACCCCUGAUUUUAUUACGUAUUCUUGGUUGUUUUACUAUAACUGUUUAGGUAGGUAUUUAGUUAGCACUGCUAUCUGAAAAGCUUAGGUUUGAGAUAAAUUAGUAGGAUGUAAAACGCCCGAUACUUAUUGCUGCACGCGAAAUAUGAUAAAUGUGUAGUUAGAUGAAAUAGAAUACAGAUAUUCGAGAAUAACAUUUAAUUUACCGAUAUAUUUUUGGAUGAUUUUUUUAAGUGAGAAUGGAAUCUAUUAAGUCAAAACCAAAGAUAUUUUCAAUCUAGGUAUUCAUGAAGUUUAAAUUACAUACCUAUUGAAGUUAUUUUAUUUAUUUUAAAAGCUACAAAGUAGUACGCGGAUACCGCGGCUCGUUGACAAGUGACCAAUCGUUUACUCUUCGUAUGCCAUGAAUCGUAAUCUUUUUCUAUAUCAGAAAGAUAACAAUACACUACGGAGCGCGAAAGAUUGGACUUGCUACGCGCCCAGGUGCGGUUCUUUGUUGAGGGCGAUGUUAGCGACUGUUUCAUCCAAUGUGUGAAUCUCAGGUUACGUAAGUACGGCCGCUCUUUUUUUUUUGUAGGAGGGCACUACUAUCCUAAGAAACCGGAGAUUACAUGACAAAGGGCUAUGGGCAGUGAUUAUUGUAGUGAAUUUGAUCAGUAUUAGUUUUUAAUAGGUAUGUAAUUAUAACCGGUACGAUUGCCGCUAGUUUUGCAAAUUUAACAAUUUGCAGUUUAUGUACAAUGAAAAUAAUCCAUAAUACAUUAUAAUAGCGUUUACUAUUGUGUGUUUUACACCGUGUUUCCGGUAUCACUCAAAACCUCAGACACCCCAACUGAUUUUUAUUUUUUCAAACGUGUCUAGAGUGUUCAUCUUUUAA